AUGCCACCCGUCCCAGAAGCAGAAGCCGCCUUUAUUGAAUGGAUCAACUCCUUCGACAAUAUCUCGCACAAGUGUAGACAUAUCAGUGACCUUUCAAAUGGCAUUAUUUUAUUUGAAGUGCUUGCAGACAUUGAUCCAAAGUGGUUUAAACUCAUCCGCUCGGCUGACGUCGGUGAGAAUUGGGUGCUAAAGAUCAACAACCUCAAGAAGCUGCAUAAACUCGUCUCGCGUUACUAUGAAGAGGUUCUCGGCCGUAGCAGCGCCAUGUUACCAUCCAUCAACUUGAACGCUAUUGCCAAAGAUGCUGACGUUGGAGAGACCAUCAAAUUAUGCCAACUCAUCAUCUGUAUCGCCGUCGUUUGCAACGAGAAUCAGGUGUACAUUUCAAAGAUUCAAUCCUUGCCCGAACAAUAUCAAGGUGCCCUCAUGUUGAGCAUUGAACAAGUCAUGCACAGUGCUGGCAUGGCUCAGGAACCUUCCGUCUCUGGUCAAUCUCACCAAAUGGGAUACAAUGAUGAUCCGAUAUUGCACAACUCCAUCGAACUCAACAGGAUCAUGGAAGAAAAGACAUACCUCGAGAAUCAGCACAAACAAUUGAUUGAGAAGCAUGGCCAACUACAAAACCGCUACGAUGAAUUGCAAGGAGAAAAAGAAGAUUUGCAACUUCGAUUGAGCGAAAUGGAUAAAGCAGUUGAGCAAGCGAAUGAAACCGGCCGAGCAGAUUUCAUCAUGCGUACCGAAAUUGAACAUCUCAAAGAAGACAUUCGUCGAAGUGAGGAUCGCCGACAAGAAGUGGAAAUGCUGCUCGAUACACAAAAUGAGACCAUUGCCGAUUUGACACGCAGGAGCGAGGAGUUGGCUAAACGUGCUGAGCAAGCAUCCCGUCUCAAGGAUCAAUUAGAUGAAUAUCGUCACACGGCUGAAAGUUUGCAACGUGCUCGCAAUGCAAUUGAAAAUCUCAAAAAGAAACUUGAGGAUACGUCCCAGAUUCGCCUAGAGAACAAGAAUUUGAAUGAGGAAAAUCGUCGUCUUGUCAAUGAAAACAUGCGCAUCGAAGAAGAGUAUCGUAGUGCUCUUGCAUUCAAGACAUUGAUGGAUUCUUACAAAGAACAAGUGGCUUCUUUGGAGAACAAGAACCAAGAUCUGCUGCGAGAGAAGAACAAGAUGGAAUAUCAACUUGGCCAAAUGACAAAGAAGCUUGAAAUUAUGGAGGCUGAUCAUGCAAGGGAUAUGGAUCGUAUUCAAGUACUUGAAGAAAACUUGCAGGACGUACAGCUCGGUGGUACUCUUGAGCAAGCCUUGGUUCAAAGAAGCACUGUGGGCGAUGAUGCGAUGGAUAUCGAUGAUGUCGAAUUUGAAGAAACGCUCGAAGAUUCACUCAAAGACUCUAAUCUCUCGGAUCUUGGUCGAUUACCCACACGUCGUGCAAAGACGUUACAAGAGGAAACAGCUGGUCCUGGUGCCAAUCAACGGGCCGUUGUUUUGCAGCAUCUCUUGGAAGACGCCAACCAAAGAAAGCUUGAGAAUGAGAAGAAAUUCUUGGCUGCAUCCCGUGAGCGUGAUAUACUUCAAAGCGAGAUGUCAAGGAUCCGCGAGAAUAUCCCUGAUGCAUUACUCGACCAGUCUCAGCAUACCAUGUCACUUCGAUUGCGAAUCAUUGAACUUGAAAAAGAAGCCAAAGAGCUCCGUGAGACCAGAGAUACGCUUGAAAAGAAGAUUGCAGACGGCAAUUUCGGUCUUGGAGAUGAUGCCGACGAGUUCCGACAACGCUAUAAGCAAAUGGAAGAGCGAUCUCGGCAGCUUGAGGAGCAAACCAAGCAACAGCUUCAAGACAUCAACAAGCUUCUUUUGGAGAAGGAUAAGCUCAUGGGUGGUAAUAUCGAGCAAAAGGAUCAGCUAUUGGAGAAGGAGCGUUUGAAUAGUGAGAUGAAAGCAACGCUUGCCGCAUUUGAAGCCAAAGAUGAUGAACCUCUCAAGCAGCAGAAUGCUAUGCUUCAGCAACAAACGAUCCAACUUCAAGAAGACGUACGUGAAAUGCAAAUCAAGAUGAAGAAGAUGCGCGAGUUUAUACGUCAACAAGAUAAUAUGGUCAAGAGCAUGAAGAGUGGCAAUACUGAUGGCAACUAUGAUGAAGCUGUGGCAUCUCUCAAGGCUGAGCUGGCUAUCCGGGAUGAAGAAAACGAGCGACUUACGAAACAACUACGUGAGACGCGACUACAAGCACGAAGAGAACAACAGCUUAUGAUAUCCGCAUGGUACGAUGUUGCACGUCGCACGCAUAAAGAGCUGGUUACUUCAAAGAUCUUGCAACCCAGCUCAUGGCUUGGGCAACAGCGUCGAACCAUGGAAACCCAACUCAAAAGGCGAUAA